CCAUCAUGGCCCCAGCACCCGAUCUCCCCGGCUUGGUCUCCUUCACCAAAUCCUGGCACAGCGAGCCCUACCCCUUCAUUUCUCCCACCAGACCGGGACUCUCAGCCGCUGGCAAGAACGUCGUUAUCACCGGCGGGGGUACAGGAAUUGGCAAAGCGAUCGCAAUAGCAUUCACCCAAGCCGGCGCCAAGUCUGUCGCGAUUAUCGGGCGCCGAGUCAACAAGCUCGAAGCAACCGCGCAGGCAAUCAAGGAGGCGGCAACAACAACGACCCAAGUCAUUAUAGAGGCCGGCGACAUUACGCAUCUUAAAUCUAUCAAGACCGCGCUUGAGAACAUCGUGGCAGAGGUCGGGCAGAUUGACAUCUUUGCCUCCAACGCCGGCAUGCUCCCUACGCCUGCUCCGGUCUUCGGGUAUAGCGAGGCAGAUCUCCGAGUGGCCUUUGAGACCAAUUUUAUCGGCGCGUUUCACUCUCUGCAAGCGUUUCUCCCGCUGGCUGCGCCUGGUGCUAAAGUAUUCAACACAAGCUCCGGCAUUGCACACUGGGCGCCGCAGAAAGAGCUGCCCGGUAUGUUCAGCUACGCGGCUACAAAGCUAGCGACAAUCAGAAUGUUCGACUACUUUGCUGCGGAGAACCCGGGGAUUCAUGUUGUCAAUAUCCAGCCGGGCAUCAUUGCUACAGAGGUCAACCCUGACAUUACUGAGGGGCCGGAUACGGUGGAAUUACCAGCUCACUUCCUUGUGUGGCUUGCGUCGGACGAAGCCAAGUUUCUGAAGGGCAGGUUUGUCUGGGCGAACUGGGAUGCCCAAGAGCUUAUCGCGCGAGCGGGCGAUAUUCAGAAAUCAUUGCUUCUGAAGGUUUCCUUGAACGGAGUUGAUAUGUAA